CUUUCCUGGUACCAGGUUCCCAGCAGAGUCAUGGAUCGACCCUCGAGCACUAAACUGACUCGAGAGGGGGCAGGUGCCAACGACUUGGUUGUGCCCUCCCCCCACUACUUAUCAGUCUCACCCCACAGUCCAGCAACUAGUGAGAUGUAUCUCCAUCACAAGUCCCAUCACCAAGCUAUGUCUCAUCAUCAUGGUGAGGCCCAUCACCAUAGAGAGCGCCACCACCAUGGUGAGUCCCAGCACCAUGGGGAGGCCCACCACCACAGGGGGCACCACCAUCAUGGGGAGUCCCACCGUCAUGAUGACCGCCGUGAUGAGUCCCCUCAGCAUUAUGAGUUUCCACACAUUGAAGAGUCCCACCACCAUAGGGGGCACCACCACCAUGGUGAGUCCCAUCACCACAGUGAGUCCCCGCACCACGGGGAGACCCACCACCACAGGGGGCACCACCAUCAUGGGGAGUCCCACCACCUUGAUGUUUCCCAACACCAUGGGGAGGCCCACCACCAUAGGGGGCGCCACCAUCACGGGGAGUCCCACCAUCAUUGGGAGUCCCACCGCCGUGAUGAGUCCCCUCAGCAUUAUGAGUUUCCACACAUUGAGGAGUCCCACCACCGUAGGGGGCACCACCACCAUGGUGAGUCCCAUCACCACAGUGAGUCCCAGCACCAUGGGGAGGCCCACCACCAUAGGGGGCGCCACCAUCAUGGGGAGUCCCACCGCCGUGAUGAGUCCCCUCAGCAUUACGAGUUUCCACACAUUGAGGAGUCCCACCACCAUAGGGGGCACCACCACCAUGGUGAGUCCCAUCACCACAGUGAGUCCCAACACCAUGGGGAGGCCCACCACCAUAGGGGGCGCCACCAUCACGGGGAGUCCCACCAUCAUUGGGAGUCCCACCGCCGUGAUGAGUCCCCUCAGCAUUAUGAGUUUCCACACCAUGAGGAGUCCCACCACCACAGGGGGCGCCACCAUCAUGGGGAGUCCCACCACCUUGAUGUUUCCCAACACCAUGGGGAGGCCCACCACCAUAGGGGGCGCCACCAUCAUGGGGAGUCCCACCAUCGUUGGGAGUCCCACCGUCAUGAUGACCGCCGUGAUGAGUCCCCUCAGCAUUAUGAGUUUCCACACAUUGAGGAGUCCCACCACCAUAGGGGGCACCACCAUCAUGGUGAGUCCCAUCACCACAGUGAGUCCCCGCACCACGGGGAGACCCACCACCACAGGGGGCACCACCAUCAUGGGGAGUCCCACCACCUUGAUGUUUCCCAACACCAUGGGGAGGCCCACCACCAUAGGGGGCGCCACCAUCACGGGGAGUCCCACCGCCGUGAUGAGUCCCCUCAGCAUUAUGAGUUUCCACACAUUGAGGAGUCCCACCACCGUAGGGGGCACCACCACCAUGGAGAGUCCCACCACCACUGGGAGCCCCAUCCACAUGGGGAGACCCACCAUCGUGAUGAGUCCCCUCACCUUUAUGAGUUUCCACACCAUGAGGAGUCCCACCACCAUGGUGAGCACCACCACCACGGGGGACUCCACCACCACGGGGGGUCCCAUCACCACGGUGGGCCUCAUCACCACGGUGAAUCCCAUCACCAUAGUGGACACCAUCAUAAGUCCCACAAACACAAGGGUUUCCGCCAUGCUGGGGCACCCCAUUACGACCACGAGCUCAGCUCUGAUGAACCCCACCACUACGAGAGACAGCAUCAGCACCUAGCCUCCAGCCGUUAUCGCCGUGGUGAGGUGGAGCCCAUCUACUCAUCUUUGGAGUUGCACAGUCUUGGCACGCCUUCGUUCCUGAGCCAGCACCAUCCCAGGCACCAUGAUGAGCUCCCUUCCCACCGAAAGAAGCGUGAACACAGUCACGAAGACCCCCAUGGCCACCACCACAAGGAAUUGCACAGCCCCUCCCAGAUCUCCCAGUCACAGAAAUCCCGCAGCAUACUCAAAAUACCCCAGGCCUCUGUCCAGUCCGUGACAGGACAGCGAGUCAGCCUGUCACACAAGAAAGAGUCUAUCUUCGACUCGUCCCUUUCUCGUACUACCAUUCAUACUCGGGACAGCAACAAAGUCUACCCCCAGGAGCUCUCCAGAUCCUCAGUAACCUGGACUGGAGAGGAGGAGCAACUACAGCCGCACAAAAGCCUGGGCCGGACCCGAACUCACAGGAGGCUGCACACAACAAACCUUUUCUGUCGGCUCUUUGAGAAAUUCAACUACAUGUUCCAGGGCCUCAGAAAGAUGCUCUUGAAACUGACGGAGUCCAAGGCUUUUGAAUUCAUCAUCUUCAUGGUCAUCUGCCUCAACACCAUCAUGCUGGUGGUCCAGACCUUCUCUGUGGUCGAGAUCCGGGGUGAGUGGUACUUUAUGGUCAUGGACUCCAUCUUCCUCAGCAUCUACGUGAUUGAGGCCGUGCUCAAAAUCACCGCGCAAGGCUGUCAGUACUUCUGUGAAUGCUGGAACGUGCUGGACUUCUUCAUCAUGGUCAUCGCCAUGCUCGACUUCAUUCUCCUGCAGCUCAACAGACUCUCCUUGGCCCGCAGAAGCCAAAACCAAAACUUCUUCCGCAUCUUCAAGGUCUUCAAGGGCCUGAGGGCACUGCGGGCCAUCCAGGUGCUGCGGAGGCUCAGGUUCCUGACCAGCCUGCAGGAAGUGGCAGAGACCCUCGGCCGCUCCUUGCCCUCCAUUGCAGCCAUCCUCAUCCUCAUGUUCACCUGCCUCUUCCUCUUCUCCGUGGUUCUCCGAGCAUUGUUCCGCUUCUCAGACCCCAAGCGCUUCCAGAACAUCUUCACAACCAUCUUCACACUCUUCACCCUACUCACUUUGGACGACUGGUCCAUCAUCUACCUGGAUAGUCGGGCCCAGGGCGCCUGGUACAUCGCUCCCAUCCUCAUGGUCUACAUCAUCAUCCAGUACUUCAUCUUCCUCAACCUGGUGAUCGCUGUCCUGGUGGAUAACUUCCAGACGGCGUGGCUCAAAGCUUUAGAGAAGAACAAGCAUGAGAAAGCCACGCGGACUAAAAGACUUAUUGAUGAUCCCUUGAUGGAUCUGAGCAAAACAGAAUCUGUAGACAGAGUGUCUGAACUCACUAAACAGAAGCAGCGCAUCGAGAAAAAGUUUGGCGCCAUGACUGAUAGGCAGCAGGAGCUCCUGUUCCACUACCUGCAGCUGGUGGAGGCCGUGGAGCACCACCAGCAGAAGUUCCGCUCCCAGGCUUCCGUCAUCGAUGAGAUUGUAGACACGACGUUCGAGGUGAGGCAGGCCGGAGAGAGGGGCGCGCUGAGGGGGGACAGGCAGGGGACCCACGGCUCACAGGGGCAUCCGUGCCAUCCCUGCAGGUUGGAGAAGAUGACUUCAGGAAGUGAAUCCUGGAGACACCCCCCAAAUCUACUAGAAUCCUCUCUGGACAGCAGGGCUGGGCCCCAACAGAGUUUUAAAACCCCCAUUGAAUCUGUGUCCUCGUAACUGGG